AUGGGCAAGAAAGGUGCCCUCACCUCCAUCUUCUCCAGGUCCUCCAGCCUCGCUAGCGACUCGUCCACGGCGGCCGUGAUACCCUGGCCGUGGCCAUCCUGCCGGGACCCGCAGACCGACUCCUUCCGUGCCGCCGAGGAGCCCUGCGCCACGGCUGCUGGUGGCAGCAGGUGCGGCCCUGUCGCCGCGAGGCACCGCAAGCUGGUGGGUGCCCCCGCCGAGAUGUACAAGACGGUCAACUCGGUCUACAUCGACCCCGACGACGGCGAGUCAUUCUCUUGCCUUAGCGCGGAGGAGGAGGAAACGGUUGUGGUGGAGGACGACGGCUUCUCGACGCCCGAGGAUGAGUGGUCGGAGGCUGUGAUCCGCAGCCUCAGCCGGACGACCUCGUCCACCGGUCGCUUCUUCUUCGACCAGGGGCCAGCGACCAACUCCAUCCUGUCCGCGGCGGCGGCCUCGACAACCGGCAGUACACCACCGGAGGAGGAGAACGACAAGCCGGCGGCGCUGUCCAAGAACGGGAAGCCAGGAGAUGGUGGCAAGUCGCUGGUGGUGGAGGAGAGCGUGGCGGUGCCAAUGGACUCGGCGGACCCGUACGGCGACUUCCUGUCGUCCAUGGAGGAGAUGGUGGCCGCGCACGAGCUGCGCGGCUGGGACGCGCUGGAGGAGCUGCUGGUAUGGUACCUGCGGGUGAACGCCAAGCACCACCACCCGCUCAUCGUCAGCGCCUUCGUCGACCUGCUCGUCCGCCUCACCACCAGCGCCACGGCAAGCACCUCGACGACGACAAUGACGAUGACGUCGAGUAGUAGCACCAGCAGCUCGAGCAGCGGCACGAGCAGCACGAGUACUACUAGUAGCAGCACGAGCACGAGUACUGGUGGCGAUGGUGUGGUUGUUAGUGCUACAUCAGCAACGGGACAAUGCGACGGCGGGAAUGAAGCUUCUGCGUCUUGCUCGUCGUCUUCUUCGUGCGCCCCGCGUGACGACGACGAGGCCAGUCGUGGGGAAGACUAG